UCCCCCCUCCCUCCCUCCCUCCCUCGCCGGCUCCCUCUCCCCCCACCCUCUCCAGGAAGCUCCGCGCUCCCUCUCCACUUUGCGCAGCCCCGCAACUUGCUCCGACGCGGCUCCCUCUCCGAGCCGGCCGACUCGGGGAAGGUGGAUCUAUCGGCAGAGAGGGGGGGAGGGAUCAAAAAAGCCCCUUUCUGAACUUCAAGCUGACCCCCCCUCCCCACUCGGGACCCCCCCGCCUUUGCCGGCACCCUUCUCUCCCUCCCCCCGGCCCUAAGGCACCCUUCGCCAUGGAUGUAAGAUUUUAUCCCGCGGCAUCGGGGAGCGCUUUACCCGGAGAUCCAUCCAAUCUGGACUUUGCCCAGUGUUUGGGGUACUACAGCUACAAUAAGUUCGGCAACAACAACAGCUAUAUGAACAUGGCAGAGGCGAAUAAUGCAUUUCUAACUGCAAAUGAGCAAACAUUCCAUACCCCAAGUCUUGGAGACGAAGAGUUUGAGAUUCCACCCAUAACACCACCUCCUGAGUUGGAUUCCACCAAUCUAGGAAUGGCAGACAUACUUCUGCCUUUCCAAGGCUUAAGUGAUCAGUUGGCCAUGCAGGGCAAUGAAUUCACGCCACAGUUUCCACCGCAAAGCUUGGAUCUUCCUUCCAUUACGAUAUCUCGAAACCUUGUAGAACAUGAUGGCAUCAUCCAAAGCAAUGGGUUACACAUGGAUCACAGUCACACGGAUGGGUCUCAGUACCGCCAGGACCACUCCUUGAUUAUGAGAUCUAUUGUUCAUAUGACAGAUGCCGCUCAUUCAGGAAUUAUGCCUCCUAACCAGCUGACCACCAUCAACCAAUCCCAGCUCAGUGCACAACUAGGGCUGAAUUUAGGCGGUGCCAACUUACCACACACUUCUCCAUCCCCUCCCGCUAGCAAGUCGGCAACGCCUUCUCCGUCUAGUUCAAUAAACGAAGAAGAUGUGGACGAGUCGAACAGGACUACUGGAGAGAAAAGAGCUGCCCCAGAUUCUGGCAAGAAGCCCAAGACUCCAAAGAAGAAGAAAAAGAAAGAUCCUAAUGAACCGCAGAAGCCGGUGUCAGCAUAUGCCCUGUUCUUUAGGGACACACAAGCAGCAAUUAAAGGGCAGAACCCCAAUGCUACCUUUGGAGAGGUUUCAAAAAUAGUCGCCUCCAUGUGGGACAGCUUAGGAGAAGAGCAGAAGCAGGUAUAUAAAAGGAAAACUGAAGCUGCCAAGAAAGAAUACCUUAAGGCUCUUGCAGCCUACAGAGCAAGUCUCGUUUCCAAGGCAGCUGCCGAGUCGGCUGAAGCCCAGACCAUCCGUUCCGUCCAACAGACGCUGGCCUCCACCAACCUGUCCUCAUCUCUUCUCCUGAACACUCCCCUUUCCCAGCAUGCAGCAGUGGCAACAUCGCCUCAGACUCUGCAGCAGGCACUCCCCCGGGCGAUCGCUCCCAAGCCUUUGGCCAUGAGGCUCCCCAUGAACCAGAUUGUCACGUCUGUCACCCUCGCCCCCAACAUGCCUUCAAACAUUUCGGCCCCCUUGAUCAGCUCCAUGGCAUCUGGCAUGGUUGGCGCGUCGACCUCAGCGCCCUCCCAGGGAGGCUCGUCCUUGCAGAGCCAGCAGCACCAGCUGCAGCAGCUCCAGCAGAUGCAGCAGCAACAGAUGCAGCAGCAGCAGCUGCACCAGCAGCAGCUGCACCAGCAGAUCCAGCAGCAGAUGCAGCAGCAGCAUUUCCAGCAGCACAUGCAGCAGCACAUGCAGCAGCAGCAACAGCAGCACAUGCAGCAGCACAUGCAGCAGCAGCUGCAGCACAUGCAGCUCCAGCAGAUGCAGCAGCACCUCCAGCAGCACAUGCAGCACCCGUCGCAGCCUUCCCCGCAGCAGCAGCAGCAGCAGCAGCAGCAUUCCCCCGUGGCCUCGCAAAUCACUUCCCCGAUCCCGACCAUUGGCAGCCCUCCGCCAGCCGCCCAACCGCACCAGACCCAAAUACAAACCCAGACACAAACCCAGCUCUUAGCGCAGGCCAGCAUUUUCUGAAGCCGCGCAUUUCUCACGCAGAGCUGCUCUGCGUUUCCGAAUUCGGCCCGGGGGUCAACCGCGUACGGGAGAAAUUUGUACAUCACUGAUGGUUGUUAUGCACAGGCGCAUAACAGAUCAAGUGAACCUCCUAAAGUGUCUAUUAGAUAGGCAAUAAAGAACUACAAUGUAGCUGUGUAUAAUCUUUUAGGUGACUAUAAAUAUUUCUUUUCUUUCUUUUUGGUCUUUUUUUAAAAAAAAGAAAAAGCUGUGCUCUCUUCUUUUUCUCUCUCCAUUCGAUGCCUUUUUAAUUUAUUUCAAGCUUUACCUACAAGAUGUGAAUCAGAUGGCCGCAGUUCUGCCGGGGCAUUAAGAGUUGGGGGGAAAUGCUGGCCUUUUCACCAUUUUGAAUUAAUCACUGUCCUUUCUUGCAGAAUUAGUUAAUGCACUUCAAGUUGGGUUCCUGUUUUUUUUAAUUUUAAAAAAUUGAACUCACAAAGCCCUUUAAAAGCACAGUUGUAACUACCUGUAAAAUGUCAAUUGGAUUUCAUACAAUCUCACUCAUGAAACAUGAGUAAUUGAUGAUGUUUUUCUCGGUCAUAAAGAAAACACUAAUGUAAAAAUAAAAAUCACAGACAUUUUUUGCCAAAGCUCCUUUUUUCUUUUUAAAAUGUCUUUUGAAGAAGAAAAAAUCCACCAUGAGUAAAAGUUUUUAAAUGUCAAAGCCUAUCUUAUCAUCUUCGCUAUAAUCUUUCCAAAUACUGCCGUACACUUUGUAAGAAAAUAUAUUCUUACCCUGUUCUGCUCAUUCCACUUCUUUAAAAAAAAAUGUGAAUAUUCUAUUGUGUUUGGGUGACAACUUUCAGAUUUAAUACACUGUAUUUUUAAAAAGAAAAUGCACUUAAAUAAAAAAAACUGUUAUUACAAAAAAAAGGAGAGAAGGAAAAAUGUGAGUUUUUUAAAAAAAUAUGCUGUAAUACCCGUAGACUAUUUAAAAGGAUUGCCACAUCUGCAUAAUCAGUGUAAAUAUUUUCUUUAAAAAGUUGUAAGUUUUUCAUAUCAUGUGCUGUAAAGUUUUCAUAAAUGAGGCUUUAAUGUAAACACUGGUAACAUGAAUGAUUUAAUUGCUACAUUGCUUAAUUGUGUUUUUAUGCUGUUUUAUACUUUUUUAUGAGUUUGGAGAGCGGCGAUUAAGUUUGUAUUUUGCUUACCUAAAACAAAUGCUUUUAUCUUGCUAUAGAAUAAACACAUUUCAGUAAAAAAAAGUACCCCAAA